AUGGAAAAGGACAAAUCUUUGGGUCUUGGCGGUGGUUUUCCGCCUCCGUCGGGACGUUUUACGGGUUAUUCUCCUACUGGGAGUGGUUUCAAUGUGAAAUCGGAACCUUCGUCGUCGUCGUUUCCGCCGCUUGCUCCUGCUACUAGUUCAGAUUCUAGUGGUUUUAGUCAGGAUAUUAGCAGAAUGUCUGUUAAUCCUCCGAGGAAUAGAGGUCAUAGGCGUGCUCAUUCUGAGAUUCUUACACUGCCUGAUGAUAUUAGCUUUGAUAGUGACCUUGGUGUAGUUGGUGGUGCUGAUGGGCCGUCGUUCUCUGAUGAUACUGAGGAAGACUUGCUGUCGAUGUACCUUGAUAUGGAUAAGUUCAAUUCGUCGUCUGCAACAUCAACGUUUCAAAUGGGGCAGGCUUCGGGAGCAGGUAGUUCUUCUGGAGAGAAUGCUGCCGUUGGUAACAAUGAAAGGCCUAGAAUUAGACACCAGCACAGCCAAUCCAUGGAUGGGUCAACAACCAUCAAACCUGAGAUGUUAGUCUCGGGUUCAGAAGACUUGUCUGCAGCUGAUUCCAAAAAAGCAAUGUCUGCGGCAAAGCUUGCAGAACUUGCCUUGAUUGACCCAAAGCGUGCAAAAAGGAUAUGGGCAAAUAGGCAGUCUGCUGCAAGGUCAAAAGAGAGGAAGAUGCGAUACAUUGCUGAGCUUGAAAGGAAAGUGCAGACACUGCAAACAGAAGCAACAUCUUUGUCUGCACAAUUAACUCUCUUGCAGAGAGAUACAAACGGACUGAAUUCUGAGAACAGUGAGCUGAAGCUGCGAUUGCAAACCAUGGAACAACAAGUUCACUUGCAGGAUGCUCUAAAUGAUGCAUUAAAAGAGGAAAUUCAGCAUUUGAAAGUACUGACUGGGCAAGCUAUACCACCAAAUGGAGGACCUAUGAUGAACUUUGCAUCUUUUGGAGGGGGGCAGCAGUUCUAUCCAAAUAAUAAUAAUAAUAAUAAUAAUCAUGCCAUGCACACUCUUUUAGCUGCACAACAGUUUCAACAGCUCCAAAUUCAUCCUCAGAAGCAGCAGCAUCAAUUUCAGCAUCAAUUUCAACAACAUCAACAACAUAUACAGCAGCAGCAGCAGCAAAUGCAGCAGCAGCAGCAGCAGGAACAACAGCAGCAGCAACAACAAUUAGGUGAUUUGAAAAUGAGAGCAACUACAUCUCCAUCCCCCAAAGAUACUGUUUCAUCUGAUGAAAAUCCUUCGGCUUCCAAGGAUUGUUGA